CGUAUAUCCCAAUACCUUUACUUUACACUCCUUCAUACACUCUCCGUACAAUUCAUACAAUUCAUACCACCUCAUCCCAAUUCUCUCUCGAUCCUGCCUAGCCACACCCGGGCAGUGAUUCGAUCCUGGGCUUGGAAGUUGGGGCUAAUCGACUAGUGCUUCCACUCCAUUCUAGCCUCAGGCCCGUUCUGCACCUUUUUUUCCUCGAUCCCCUCUCCCCCCUCCUCCACUCUAUCUCGCUCUCUCCCUGUCAGAUCUCCAGUCCAGGAGAACACUUCCCUCAAGCCUUUUUCAGGGCGAUUCAAAUCGAUCUGAUCUCCCAUAACUUUUCGCCAACAUCCUCUUGAUCCAAGUUUAAUCAUCUAUUAUCGUUUGCGGGCGGACCGCCCGAUUAUCGCUCCCGGUUUCCUUUCGAGCCUUGUCAUUCCCAUUCAACUGACUUACCCGCCUACCCUUCUCCCUCUUGAACGCUACUCUCUUUGACUACCCUUGUCAAUCUCUUCAUCCUAUUUAUAUCACACUAAAUCUUACCCUCAUCAUGAGCGACUACGAACAGCUCUACCAGCAGGGGCUCUAUCUUUCGCCCGGUCAGCAGGAUCUCCUGCUGGCUGCUCUCUCAUCCAACAAUCCCAGCCACAAACAGCAAUCCCAGCCUAAUCAUACCCCCCAAGUCAAACCCCUCCACAGCCCUGACCAAGCUUCGUCUAAUGGAAUGAGUGGUCCACCUUCGGGUGGGUUCGACAACUCGCAACUCAAUGCCUACGGGUUCGGAGAAGAGGAAAGCCCAUUCUUGGACUUCAACCCGGAGGUCGACUUUGAGUUCCCGAACUCAGAAGACUUGAUUGGUGAUCUGCCUGGCUCCUCUGCUGAGUAUGACAUUGGUGAGAAGCGAAAGUCGAUGGAUGGCAGGUCUGAAGUGGACGGGGAGGAGAAUGGCAAGAAGCGGCGGGAGAGUGAGGCCAAGAAGCCUGGCCGGAAGCCCCUCACCUCUGAACCCACCACGAAACGCAAGGCUCAAAACCGGGCCGCCCAACGCGCAUUCCGUGAGCGGAAGGAGAAGCAUUUGAAGGACUUGGAAACCAAGGUGGACGAACUGCAAAAGUCGUCAGACAACGCCAACCAGGAGAAUGGCCUACUUCGAGCUCAGGUCGAGCGACUGCAGGUGGAACUUCGCGAGUAUCGCAAACGUCUCUCUUGGAUGACCAGUGGUAGCGGUAUCUCGGCGAUGAGUGCUAUUCCUAGUGCUCACUCCCGGGGAGCGUAUGGCCUGCAAAACAAUGAGUUCCUCUUCGACUUCCCCAAGUUUGGUGAUCUUCCGGGCUCGCAUCUCUUCAAUGGCCAGAACAAGAACGAUCAAUCCAAGAACAAGGGACAGGCCCCUCGUCCCCCGGGUGUGCUCAGUCGCGACAACUUGAACGGCUUCCCCAACGUGCCCAACAUUGCCACGAGCAAGUCUAAUUCUAGCACCCCCACCAACUCCAGUACUCCCACUGGACCUGGGAGCGCAAAGUCCCACUAUGCUGGUUCCAGUGGUACUACUCCUGGCAGCACUACUUCCACCAGGGCCCCCUACAACAGCAUUAAGCAGUUCGGGACUUCGACGCAUGACACAUCUGAUUCUCCCUCGUCUUCGUCUGAUUCACACCAGAGUCAGCUACUCUCGUCGAACGGGACUUCUCCCGAGCCGAGCUUGAGCUCUCCGCCCGAGGCAAAGGGCCACGACUCUCUUAACACGUGCGAGAUUCACGGCUCCAUCAAUGGUGAGGAAUCUUUCUGCGCGAAACUUGGUAUGGCUUGCGGCAACAUCAAUAACCCCAUCCCAGCUGCUCGGGACAAGUCCAAGCCCCACAGUGUCUCCAGCGACCAGCCGGCUUCUACCGAGGAUACGGUCGGGUUCGAUUGGCUGGCUCAACAAAAUGGCGGUCAGUUCGACCCAGUCCUCUUUGGAGACUGGCGCGAACCCCAGGAUGCCGUCCUGUCCCAGGACUUUGGUUCCUUCUUCAACGAUGCUUUCCCUCUGCCUGAUUUGGGUAGCCCAUCUCACAACCUGAGCGAGGUGGCAACUCAGCCGCCCAAGAAGGACCUUAUCGCUCAAAUCGACAGCAGGCUGGAGGAAGAAGUUGUGCCUGGCGAGGACAAGUCACAGAUGCUGUCGUGUACUAAGAUCUGGGAUCGUCUACAGUCUAUGGAGAAGUUCCGGAACGGCGAGAUCGAUGUCGACAAUCUCUGCUCUGAGCUGCGCACAAAGGCUCGCUGUUCCGAGGGCGGCGUCGUCGUGAACCAGCGUGAUGUCGACGACAUCAUGGGCCGUGCCAAGUAACAUAUUAAGUCUCCACGAUGGGGAUUAUAGCAACUGGCCUGCCCUACAUCAUUUUCACGACUCACGCAACCUCCAUUUUACGUCUACUAAACUGUAUCACGUUUUACUUUCCAAUCAUACCCAUCAUCGAAUGUCAUUUGAAAAACAUACGGCGUCAUGAAAUACAACUCUGGAAUAAAUCACGACGAAAUGUCCGCCGGACGCGCCGCGGCGCUUGAGAUGAAAUCUCAACAUUCAUAUCCAUGGCAUUCCACUCGUUGAUCAUUUUCAAGUUUCAGAGAACUUCUCAUUUAUUUCCAUUUCAUCAAUUCUUUUUUGAUCAAUUUUUUCUUUCUUUUCUUCUUUCCAAACUUACCUUCGUCUCUCAUUUUCCAGUAGCUGUACCUUUUUGUCCUUCAUGCGUGUUUCUUUCUUACUUCCAUCAUUAAGCCUGGCGAAUGGAGACACGGGGGUUCGUCAUGCAGGUGGACCAUUGGACCAUCCGUCUGACCCAUACACUACGGCGCCUGGACGAGGCGACUUCUUCAUAGUCGACCUCUUACAUCGGAAAGGAAUAUCUGGGUUUUGGCGAAUUGGAAUUAUCUAUAACUAGUUUUGGUAGGUUGGGAUGGCUUGCGCUCCUUAAAGGGUGGAUAUUGCAUAUAUCCUUGUACACAACCAAAUUCAAUUCUUCGUUUUUGAGCAA